CUUCUGGAGAUCUUUUGGUCGAAGACAUCUUUGGAGUUGAUUCAGCUGAAUCAAUACUUUCUAUAGAAAGUGUCGAGCAGUGGAGUUCUCUCUUAAUGAAUCUUCGAGGCAUUAAAUCCACCACUGAUAUUAAGCUAGCUAAAUUCUUGGUGAGUGAAGGCGUCCUUGAAAAUGCAGAUGAACCACAUACGUUCAAAAUGACUUCCACUUUCAUGGAUUUGCUGGUUCGGAAAUUCGUUAUUCCUAUUUUAUAUCCAUACGCCCCAAAAACAACUGUUCUUCGGCGAAAUAAUGGUACCAUAGACACCCUGAAGGUCCUGUAUGAGGCUAUUAAUUUUUUUGACAAAGGUGUCCUUAAAGGGGCAUCCGAUUUAUCAUACAAAACAGCUCAUAUGAAAGUCGUUGGUCAAUGGCACUUGACUAAACCUCUUCCGAAUGGAGGAUAUGGACAUAAUUACUGCGACAUAGUAAUUAUGCCACCUAUCACAUGCCAGACUUCUCAUAACCAGCCAACUAUUAUUCUCGAACUGUUAUCAACAACGAAUAAAGAGUUAAGAGAACACUUUGAUCGAGUGCAAAUCAACUUUCGCAGGCGAGAAGUGGUCUGGCACGAUUUGGGCUUUACGACAGUUCGUACGGUUGCGUGCUUGUGGGCUGAGGAUUAUAAAAAGAUACAUGUCACUCGUACUGAGGAGUUUAAGAUGCAAUUUGCAGAUUAA